CAUUGAAAAUCAAGCACAAGCGAGCUAUUUCCGGUGAAAUUGUUUUCAUCGACAACCGGAUUUAUUUAUGUAAAAUGAUUUCAUAGCUGUUAGAUCACAUAUAUCACAAUGUCGACAAUAGAUCUUGCAAAACAGCCACCACAAGAAAGUUCUAAAAGUGAUCAAAAGCCUUCUAAAUGGCUGGAUGCAUACCACGACCCAGUUGCUUCCCUUUACACAUUCACGCAAUGUAUAACACUGGCAGAUAUACAGGCAGAUGGGGACUGGAAGCUCAUCAUUGCAGAUCUUGGCUCUGGAUCCUUCAAUAUGAAACUCAAAGUUUAUAAAGGGACAGACUUGAUCAGUGAAAAUACCAUUAUAGAUCUACCCACUGGUGUUGUUACUUUCUAUAUGGAUACUCACGAACCUAGAACUCCAGCCAUUGCCGUUGCAUCAGGACCAUUCAUUUACAUCUACAAGAAUCUCCGUCCAUAUUUCAAGUUUACAUUGCCACCAUUAGAAGUUAAUUCUGUGGAGGAAGAUCUUUGGAAUCAAGUUCGAGAUGGACGUAUAAAUGUGUAUGUUUUGAGGGAGAUGUUAGAAGGAAUGAGGGUAGAUGGUACGGCAUUGACUGUGAGAUCACUAAGGUAUCUUCAGCUGACUGAUGCUGGGGACAUGACUCAGUUUUGUGAGGUUUACAAAAACUCGCCAUUGAAAAGACAAACUGUGGUCACUUGUCUCGGUACUCUGAAGAAAUCUAUGGCAGAUGAGGAUGCUAUAAGUUGUCUUGUUUUGGGUACAGAGGACAGGUCAAUCUACGUCCUAGACCCAGAGGCUUUUACUGUACUUGCAACAAUGCAUUUACCGAGUGUUCCUGUGUUUCUUAGUGUAACUGGAAUGUAUGAUGUUGAGUAUAGAAUAGUUGUAGCUUGUAGAAAUGGGUGCAUCUACACUCUUAGAAGAGGAGUAGAUGAUCCAUCAAAAGGUUGUAUAGAGCUGAGCUCACAGAUUGUUGGCAUGGAACGUCUCAACAAAACUAUCUAUGUUGCUUGUAUGGACCAGACUCUCAAAUGUUUCACCUCUAAGGGUAAGAAAAUGUGGACAGUGAAGCUGCCAAAAAGCAUAACAACUAUAGAAGUAGUUGAUUACAGACCAAAGGCUUUCAAGGCUGUGCUAGUGGCUUUAUCUAACUGUGAAGUUCAUGUAUAUAAGGAGAAGUACCUAGUGGAUAUUAUAAAGACAGAUGAUGUGGUGACAGCUAUGAGAUUUGGAAGGUUCGGUAGAGAAGAUGGGGCUUUGGUGAUGUGUACAAGCAAUGGUGGAUUAUUGAUAAAGAUUUUGAAACGUACAGCUGUGUUUGAAGAACGGGAUCUUUCAGGAGGACCCCCUGCAGCUCAGAAUGUCAAAUUAAAUGUUCCCAAGAAAACCAAACUGUUUGUAGACCAAACACUGAGGGAAAGGGAGAAUGCAGUCACCAUGCACAGAACAUUCCAGAGAGACCUGUACUUGUUGAGACUGAAUACAGCCAGGGAGUAUGCCAAAGCCUUAAACAACGCAAUGAAUCCAAUAUCUACAGAUCCUAUGGAGCCUCUGAAACUUUCAGCUCAGGUACAAGGAAUUGGACCAACUUUUAAACUGACAGUAAAUCUUCAGAAUACAUCUUUGAGUCAAGCCUCCACAAAUCUCCAUAUUACAUUUGACUAUGAUGAUAAACUAUACAGUUUUCGAAAGACAUAUAUUCCUGUUCCAAUGCUAGUACCUGGUCUAAAUUAUGCCUAUGAGACUUACAUUGAAUGCUUGAAUGAUAAGGGUGUGUCAGACACUAUUAAGGUGUAUGUGUUAAAGGAUAACAAAAGUGUUCCAAUCAUCACAGGAGUAAUCAGCAUGCCUGUCAGUGAGACACUGGUUGUUGUUUAACAUUCACUGAUGGAUUUUAGUGUUUGUAAUGAACAUCAAAGUGAUAUUUAGAAGUAUCUGUGAUUGUUUUGCCAUCUUAGUUUUGGGAAUUGAUAAGCUAAAUGAAUUUCUUGCUAAGUGUGGUACCAAUUUUGUUGAAAAAGAAAAACUGUAGUCUAACAUGCAUGUGUAAGUUUCACAUCAAAUUAUUUUCUGAAGUAAAUGAAAUUCUAAUUUUAUAUUUAUAUGCAGCAGUGAGAACAUGCUCUUUUGCAGUGUGUUAAGCUUCUUCAGUUUUGAUUUUCAUGGGUAUUUCAAGUACAGCUUCUUAGUAUAUUUUUAUGCCCCCCUUCGAAGAAGGUGGGGUAUAUUGUUUUGCAGAUGUCUGUCGGUCGGUCGGUCAGUAGGUAGGCCGGUCUGUCUGUCCGUAGACUAAUCCGUUUCCGGAUGAUAACUCAAGAAUGCUUUGGCCUAGGAUCAUGAAAGUUAAUAGGGAGGUUGAUCAUGACCAGCAGAUGACCCCUAUUGAUUUUGAGGUUAGUAGGUCAGAUGUCAAGGUCACAGUGACCCAGAACAGUUAAAAUGGUUUCCGGAUGAUAACAUGAGAACGCUUGGGCCUAGGAUCAUAAAAGUUGAUAGGUAGGUUGGGUCAUGACCAGCCGAUGACCCCUAUUGAUUUUGAGGUCAGUAGAAUAAAGGUCAAGGUCACAGUGACCUGGAACAGUUAAACCGUUUCCAGGCGAUAACUUGAGAACACUUGAGCCUAGCAUCAUGAAAAUUGAUAAGGAGGUUGGUCAUGAACAGCAGAUGACCACUAUUGAUUUUGAGGCCAGUAGGUCAAAGUUCAAGUUCACAGUAAAAUGGAACAGUUGAACCUUUUCCGGACGAUAUUUGAGAACACUUGGGCCUAGGAUCACGAAACUUUAUAGGGUUAUUGAUCAUGACCAGCAGAUGACCCCUGUUGAUUUUGAGGUCAAAAGUCAGGGUCACAGUGACCAGGAACAGUUAAACCAUUUCCAGAUGAUAACUUGAGAAUGAUUGGGCCUAAGAUGACGAAACUUAAUAGGGAGGUUGAUCAUGACCAGCAGAUGACCCCUAUUGAUUUUGAGGUCAGUAGGUCAAAGGUCAAGGUCAUGUUGACCCAGAACAGUAGAACAGUGCACAGCGACCAUCUCAUUUUUGUUCCUUGUGCAAGUACCGAAUGCAUCAAGUGGGGCAUUUCCUGUUCUACGAGCUCUUGUUAAUACUGAUUUUACAUUUCAUAUUUUUUUUUUACAAAAUCUUAUUCUUUGAAUAGGACUUGAUAGUUUUGAAUGUUUUGGAAAAUUGAACUCGAAUUCAUUUCAUUAGCAUCAAACGUUCAUUCAUUUAUCAAAAGACCUUAUAUAACAAAAGUAUCAUGUUUUGUAUAAUUGAAAAGUAGUCACUCAUACAUUUUAGCUGUUGUUAAAGAUGUUGUGAUGUUUUUAGAUUCUCCGUCCAUCUGUAUCUAUUUAAUAAUUAUGAUCUUUUUGAAUAAUAAAUAUUUAUUGAUGUG